CAAAAUAUUUCCCCCAAACUGCAGCACGGGCAGCCAAGACUAAGGACGAGGGAAUUAGAAUGCCGUUCCGCGAUAACCUGAAAGGUUUUGAUUUCGAAUAAAUCCUUCAGCGAUUUAAUCUCGCUGCAAACUUCGAAGCUUUCCGGACCCUAUAUCCGCAACUGCGCCUGGUUGAGUUUCGUCGACGAGCACUUUAGAUUUAAAAUAAUAACGUUAAACAGGCACGUAGAAGUGGAUAUGUGUUUUUUUUUUAAACUCGAAAGACUACAAAUCAGUUAAUUUCCGUCGUCUGCUGCUCCCCUCCGUCUCGAACUGGCCCUUGAAACAGCCGCUUACUGCAGCUUCUCCAAACUCCAGCGCGUUGUAGCGCACGCCGCCAGACACUUGAGACAUUUAAAUCCCUCCUAAAAGACUGGGGAACCAAGAGCCUCUCUGACACACAGGAUUAGACAAAGAGGGAGAGGGAGAAAGCGAAACCGCAGGCUUAUUUUUCCAUUAGAAAAAUGCCUAACCCGUGAGCCGGGCUGUCUCACAGCGCAUUGAUGCCUCGCAGUUAAUCGACGGCAACAUCUUUACGCUCGCUCAUGUAAUUACACGGGAUCGUGUCCAGUCCCGUCCUCCGCAGCUGUGCGAAUUGGCAACACGUUCCGCUCAUCCCAGCGCCGCGACUGCCCCUCGACCAGGAGGACAGCGACCAGGGGGCACGGACAGGAUGGCAGCGGUCCUGUAUUCGCUGCUGUUGGGCAGUCUGCUGGUUUGCGUCGCUAACAGCAGCGGGUUUGUGUACCAGUUUCCAGCGGUGUCCAUCACGCACCUCGGCGCGGAGCAGGAGGCGGGACCGCCGGCGAGCGCCAGAGCACAUCGCAGGAACUGGUGUCCGUACACGGUGUCCAAGACUGUGUCCUGCCAGGUGCACAACGGCACCGAGACGCUGGUGCAGAGGGUGUUCCAGAGCUGUCGCUGGCCCAGGCCCUGUCCCAACCUCGUGAGGACCCUCGUCAGGCCCACCUACAGGGUGGCGUAUCGGCUGGUGACGGCGCUGGAGUGGCGCUGCUGCCCGGGGUUCCUGGGAGAUGACUGCAGCGAAGAGUGUAUAAACUGCACUGCCUUCGCUGACAUGAACAACAGGCUGGAGAUCCUCGAGUCCAAGAUUUUAAUGGUGGAAAGUAGUUGGAACUUUUCCUCACCUGGUGAUACAGAGCGGCCCAUCAGACCUGUGGGACCAUCAUGGCCUGUUGAGCCUCAGGGACCCCCAGGGGAUGAUGGACCUUUUGGACCUCCUGGGCCUAGGGGAGAAAGAGGCCCUCCUGGCCCAUCAGGGCCUGUGGGACCCCCAGGGCCUGAGGGCAAACGCGGACUUCCAGGUGAGAUGGGCAUGCCAGGCCCCCCCGGACUCCCUGGGGCCCCAGGACCCCCCGGACCCGUCGGCCCCCCUGAAAUCAGCUCAGAACCUAGAGGGGACGUCCUGAGGCGCAUGGCAGUCGAGUAUGAGGAGCACCCACAGUUCCACCACCCAGGACGCCCCUGCCACCUCUCACCCCCAGGACCUCCUUGCCCCCCCGGCAUACCUGGCCCUCCUGGCCCCCCAGGCCCCCCAGGCCCAGUGGGGCCCCCCGGAUUACCAGGAAUGCCUGGCCGAGAUGCUGAGGGGGGCCAGUCAGGCCAGGUAGGGGAGCCAGGCCCUAGAGGAGACCCAGGAGAAAGGGGUCCUCCUGGAUUCACGGGAGAACGGGGACAGCCAGGUGACCCAGGUCCGAAGGGAGAGCCGGGGGAACCAGGGAAGCCAGGAGAGUCAGAGGUGGAGGGAGUGCAGCAGAUCCGAGAGGCUUUGAAGAUCCUAGCUGAGAGGGUUCUCAUCCUGGAGCACAUGAAUGGAGUCUAUGGGGUCACCGUUGAGCCCGGCUCUGGAUGGGAUGUCCUUACAGACUCCGCCCAGUCUCCUGCCGUUUCCACGAGAACCAAGAGGGGGGGGUGGAGCGAUCUCCUUUCCACCCUUCUCCAGGGAAGCAGGAGUGCAGGUGCCCAGGACAGGCAGGGGCGGGGGCGGGGGCGGGACUAGUUCAGGUGGGAGGGGUGGGGCAGUGAGUGAAUACUCAGGACACCUACCAGGCUGGGGAUGAGAAGGGGGUGAGUAGGGACAUAGUGCUUUACUGUUACUAGAUUCCUAUAUUCUGUGAUGAAGAUUCCCACAUCACAGGGGUGUCUGAUGAUUUGGGGGUGUCAACCAAAAAGAAUAGUCUUCGAUAAAGCCAGGAGGCUUUUCACAAGGAUAUCCUCAUUUAUAGAAAUACAUAACGUACAACUGUUUAAGCAAUGUCUUUAGUGCUUUUUCAAGUAGCUUUAGCUGUUGAAAUAUAGUUAGCAUACCUUAUGUCAUGUACAGUGCAGUUAGCAGCCCAGAGUAACUCUCUUUGUUUUGCUUCAGUGGUUUUAACGCAGCAUUAAAGUACGUCAGACUAUCGUAGCCAGUAUAAGAAUACUGCUUUUUAAAAAAUAGUUUCAGGUGGUCAUUCAUACCAAAAGAGUAUGAAGAUAAUUCCAACCUCCUUCCAGGAAGAAGAAAGAGCCUUAGGAGCUAUGGUUUAGGUUAGCCUACAUGGAUUGGCCAUCAGUUAGAGAGCUUCAGUCUCAUGUAAGACAAGGAAUGAUUACUCAUGCUGAUGUGUUGUUGUAAAAAACCUGUCACAUGAGGAGGCGUUGUUUAGAAACUGAUAGUGAGUGUCCUCACAGCAGACAGCCCUGGGUGUUAAGUCACUGACCUGCUUGGUCAACAUCAAUCCUGGAACCCAAUGUAGCACUGAUGGAUAAGAAAUGUGAUUCUCAUCUCACAUUUGUUUACUGCUUACAGCCCUUCAGAGUAUAGUUAUUUUUAAAUUUUUUAAAAUUGAUAAAGUUAGAAGAAUAUUAGGAGAUAGUUACAACAGUCAGGGGCUAAGUAUUGAAAAUGCAUACUUUGCAAUAUCAUUCUCUACCUUUAGGAACUCAGAUGAGAAAUUUCAGAUCAUUGCACAAUUUACCACUUACAAACUGUCAGAAUCCACAAUACUUGCAUGCCUGUGUCUAGAGAAAAACAAACCAGGUGGAGGUGUCCAGGAUAUGUAGCUUGUCUGUGUUUGCUGGGGAAGUGCAUAUGUGAAAUUAAAAAUCAGUUUCACCUUGAGUUCUUGCUGUUAAGAUAGCGCUUAAACUUUGAAUAUAAUAUGUUAUGAACAUAUACUGUCUGUGUGAUGAAAAGUCCUCCGCUGAAAUUCUUGAUGGGCAGGAAAGGCAGAUGAGGAAUUUCAUCAUGUUGCUGCCUUGUACUGUAUGUGCUGUCCUGGGUGCUGAUUACAGUGGAAUAUGUGUAAAUAUGGGUUGUGUUUUUAUCUGCACUUAUUUCCGUGUAACUGAAUGUGAAUUGGUUCGUGACCUUUGUGUUUACCGUCAAUGUGUCAUGGAGUCAUGGAGGAGAGCCCUGGCUGGAGCGACGCUCUGCUGGACGGUGCCUGUGUGCACCAGGGGGCUUCGCGCUCUCGGCCGGGGUGUUUUGUGUUCGGAUGUGGGUUUGUAUCGGGAGAGAGGCGGAUGGACGUUUUUUCCCGAGCGCAGUGUGGCUCAGCGGGAACAGCGACACACCAAUAAACCUGUGUGAAAGAGGGA